AAGACAUCAACAACUCUACUGCAAAAUGGAAUAAAAAGAACCACACACAAAAAAAAAGUUUUGCGGAAAAGGAAAAGUGCAUUUGACUGACUGUAAAAAUAGUAUAACAAGGCGGCAUAAUUAAUUGCAAUGUGCAUAAAACAGUGUAAAACGAAAAACAUGCGCUUCUGCGUAUGACGACAAAAUUCGUAUCAGCUAAAUAAAUAGUCUGUUUUUCCGUUUUCUCGUUUCUGGUUUCACAGUGUGUGUGCUACAAACUUGCUGCCUUAGUGUAAUUUAUUAAUUAUCGACGGAUUUCCACCCGACACGGAUUUCCACAACUCCAAUUUUGUGUUAGCUCAAAGCUAAAUGAUAAUGGUUCGCAGACGCGCACGGCCCGCCAAAGAGCCCGCCCUAAACGGGGUCGUUGCUGCCAACAACAUCAGCAGCAGUAGCAACAGCGACAACACAACGCUGACCCUGCCGUUCAAUGGCGUACCAAUGAGCGCUGUGGCCGCCAAUAGCAAUAAUUUGCUGGAUGAUCAAUACUUUGCCAGCCCUAAGCGAAAAGACUGUCGCCUCAUGAAACCAAACGAAGGCAAUCUCAGUGCAGCAAAUCAUCCACAAUCCAUUGACAAAUCCAGCAACUCAAUCAAGUCUGAGGCUGGUCGCACAAUUGGUGUACAAUUGGCAACGCGCUCGCAAACACGCACCAUUGAAAACUUCUUUAGAGCGAAUGCAGCUAAGAAAAAAACAACAAUUUUAUCAACAGAAUUUACAACAACAACUGCAUCAGAUGAGCAAAAGACAAUAAGCAUAAAUGAAGCCUUAGUGGAUGAACUGGAGGAGGAGUCGCUACUAUAUGAUGCACACUCGAUAGCUUCACCAUCGACCAGUAACAGCAACAGCGCCAGCGCCAGUUCGCCAGCAUAUCAAAUCGACGAUGAUCUGGACGCUGAGCACACUAACGACAACAGCUCCGAGACGGGGGGCUCUAACUACACAGAUACACACAUCCAUACACACUCACAGACACAAGUCCAAGACCAAGACACAGAACACACAGAUGCAGCAGGCAUACAAAGCACAACUGCCUUCCAGACGCAUCGGUCGGCACUGCGCGACAGUCACAGCUCGUCGCAUAGCAGCAGCAGUAGCAGUGCAGCGACCUCGGACAAUAUAUUUCUGCAGGAGCCGGUGCUGACGCUGGACAUCGAUCGAACGCCCACCAAGGCCUCCAGCAUACGCAUCAAUAAAAGCUUCGAGCUGGCCAAUGCCGUAUUCUCCUCGCCGCCCUCAGUGCUGAGUGCCUGUAUGCUCAACGGUCGCUUCAAUCAGAUUGUUACGCUCAAUGGUCACGGGACGGGGCACGAGCAACAGCAUCAGCAACAGCAACAGCAACUGCAACAUGAGCAGCAGCAGCAGCAACCGUUGAGCGGUUGCGAAUUGGAUCAACAUGACAGCAGUUCCUGCGACAGUGGCGUUGCCUGCAGCCUGACGGCAGGCGUGUCGCCAGCGGUGAUUGGAACGCGUCGACGCAAGCCGGCAACACCGCAUCGCAUCUUAUGCCCCUCGCCCAUCAAGACAAUGCCGCGCGAUGCAGCGCUGCUGAUGAAGGGUGAGGUGCAGUCGCCGAGAAAGUCGCCGCGCAAACUGCAAUUGCAAUUGGCAGCCGCAAGCAGUGUGUGCAAAUCGCGACGAAGACUGAAUCAGCCAAAGCCACAAGCGCCUUACCAGCAGCCCAGCCCAAUGCCCAAUGAUGAUGUUGUUGUUGUCGUUUUAGACGAUGACGGGGACGUGGAUGGGGACGAUGAUGAGGAUGAUGUGCAUGCGCUGAUCAAGGCCGCCGAGGAGCGUGAGAAUCUGACUAAAUCAAAGGCAACAAUGCUCAAGCCGACAGCAGCCGCAUCGGCAGCAGCAGCAAAAGCAUCAGCAGCUGCCGUCAAACCAAAGGCGACUUCCAGCAGGCCGGGCAAAGCCAAGUCGUUGGCAGCCAAGUCACAGCCGCUGGCUGCAACCAAUGGCAAUCGUGAGCUAACCGAAUUCUUUCCGGUGCGGCGCAGUGUGCGCAAGACCAAGACGGCCGUCAAAGAGGAAAUGAUGCGCAAUCUGGAGCAGGCUGUGCUCGAGGAGCGCUGCGACGGACUCCAGGUGCGCCACUUUAUGGGCAAAGGGCGUGGCGUUGUCGCCAUGCGGCGAUUCAAGCGUAACGAGUUCGUCGUCGAAUAUGUGGGUGACCUGAUCGCCAUUAGCGAGGCCACCCAACGGGAGCGUUGCUAUGCGCUGGACGAGAAUGCCGGCUGUUAUAUGUACUAUUUUAAGCAUAAGAACCAGCAGUACUGCAUCGAUGCGACCAUUGAUACGGGGAAGCUGGGACGCCUCAUAAAUCACUCGCGCAACGGCAAUCUGAUGACCAAAGUGGUCGUGAUCAAGCAGCGGCCGCAUUUGGUGCUGCUGGCCAAGGAUGACAUUGAGGCUGGCGAGGAGCUGACCUAUGACUAUGGCGAUCGUUCCAAGGAGUCGCUGCUGCAUCAUCCGUGGCUGGCAUUUUGAGCCUACGCCCGGCAACUAUCAUUACCUAAAUAUACAUAAUAAAUGCAUAAUAUUAGCUUAGUUAUUCUUUAAUGAACAAAAUGAGAAAAAGAUGAACGAAACAACAAAAAACAAUAUAAAAACAAAAACAAAAACAAAACUGUUAGUGCAAAAUAACCGUAAAGGAUAUAGAGAGCAUCAUUUCAUAUUUUUGGAUCUGUUAGCGUUUUUUCCUUUGUGUUAAGGCAUCGAUUAUGAAACUGUUAAACAUUUAGACGAAGUUGAAGCGGUAUGCUUAUAAUUAUGACAUUAGCAUUGCAUUCACCACAUUUAUAAUGAAACUCAAACAGACUCACACACACACACACACACAUAUACACAUCCAUACACACUCUAUUUAUAUAGACCUAGUUAUAUAUGCAUAUACACCACAUGUGUAUGUGAAAUAUUGCUUAUUAUUAUGUACUAUUUACUGCCAUAGUGCUAUCUAUAUAUGUAUACACCCCGUGCACCUCGCUGGCCAAUCCCAAUCCAAAAAGAAAACAAAAAAACAAACAUAAAUCCUAACUCCUGACUAGAUUAAAUAUAAUGAAUAUAAUAAUAAUUAGUGCAUCGAUCAGCAUCCAUUUAAGCACAUUAAACAUACAUUUGACGAGGCUUUCUAUAGCGUCCACUGGCAAAGUCCUACUUCCCGAGAGAAUGUGAGACAUUGAAGAUUAGUUUCGGACUAAUCAUAUCAUCUAUUGAGCUUCCGCUGGCACAAGUGAGCCACUCUAUAAGCAGGUUUCAAUUACACAAUACACAACGCCUCCAUACUCCACUCCAGUAGAAUGAUGAAUCUAAUUAAAUGCCGGUCCUUACCCCGUCCCCACAAAAAAAAAACCCCUAUUGAUAAGUAAGAUCAUCAACGCAAGAAAUGUAUUGCAACAAAAACUUGGUUCAAAUUAUCAAAUAAACAUAAAACGUUUCUUCAAUUACUAUA